GCUGACGAGUGGCAGCAGCCGCAGAGCGAGAGCAGCCGCCGGGUGAGAGGCCAGAGACGUGCUUGCUACCCAGGAGAGAAGGGAGCCACUGCCUCCUGCAGAACCUGCCACCGACGGAGAGGAGGACUCGCAGACACCUGGCAGAGCCAUGGAGGGCUGCAGGGGUGUCAGCACUGAAGAAGAGAUGGGGUCCAGGGAGGGGAACGUCAUAGCUGGAGUCCUGGUGCCAUUCAAGAACCAGAAGAUGAGCCUCUAUCAGGCCAUGAUGCGAGGUAUCCUGAGCCAGGGCACGGCACUGGUGCUGCUGGAGGCACAGGCAGCCUCUGGGUUCAUCAUUGACCCAGUGAUGAACAGGAAGCUGAGAGUGAAGGAUGCGCUCCACGCUCGAGUCAUUGGCAGCGAUUAUUAUCAGAAGCUUCUGUCUGCAGAGAGAGCCGUGACCGGCUACCGCGACCCCUGCACUGGAGAAAAGAUCUCCCUCUUCCAGGCCAUGGAGAGAGGCCUCAUCUUCAAGGACCACGGCAUCCGCCUGCUGGAGGCCCAGAUCGCCACCGGCGGCAUCAUCGACCCGGUGCACAACCACCGCGUGCCCGUGGAGGUGGCCUAUGAGCGGGGCUACAUAGACCAGGAGAUGAGCCAGAUCCUCUCGGACCCCAGCGACGACACCAAGGGCUUCUUCGACCCCAACACCCAGGAGAACCUCACCUACGCGCAGCUCCUCAGCCGCUGCGUCCCAGACCCCGACUCGGGGCUCCUCAUGCUGCAGCUCAUGGACAAGGGCUCCGUGCUCUUCCAGCUCAACGAGGACGCGCGCAAAGCCUUGCAGUCCGCCCGGGUGGAAGUCCACGUGGGCCUCUUCCAGGGCCAGAGCGUGUCCGUCUGGGAACUGCUCUUCUCCCGCUACGUCCUGGAGCACAGGAGGCAGGAGCUGCUGAGGAAGUACAAGGCGGGGCGGCUGAGCGUUCAGGAGAUGAUCACCGUCCUCACCACCAUCGUCACCGAGACCGAGGAGAAGAGCAGCCGGGAGCACGGGCCUGGCAAGAGCCCCAGCACCCAGCUGGAGGCAGGGCCGGAGGCGCGCUCCCCCGGGGCCGACCGCUCGUCCCGGGAAGACGGCUGGGAAAAGAGCUUGCGGGCCACCAUGGUUGACGUGCCCGCCGGCCAGUUCCGAGGGCGAAAGGUCUCCGUGUGGGAGCUGCUCUUCUCCGGGGACGUCGCCCCCGAGCGACGGCAAGAGCUGCUGGAGAAGCACAGAGCGGGCACGCUCCCCACCCAAGAGCUGGUCUCCAUCGUCAUUGCCAUCCUCAGCCGGGAGGUGGAAGUGGGAAGGAGUCAUCAAGGCGUGACCGGGAAAAGCAUCAGCAAAAGUGUGGAAUCAGCAGGCAAAGCUGAGGAAGCCCAUUCACAGGAGCAAAACCUGAGGAAGUCCUUGAAGUCUGCGACCAUCUAUGUACCAGCUGGGGAGCUCAAGGGGUGCAACGUUUCCUUGUUGGAUCUCCUCUUCUCUAAACAUGUCCCUCAGGACAAGAGGCAGGAGCUGCUGGAGUUGUAUAGAUCACGGGUGUUGACCAUUAAUCAGAUGAUAGCGGCGGUCACCUUGGCCAUCACCAGGGCAGAUGCAGCGAGCAAGAAAGGCAUGCCAGGGGUCAGCAGUCCCAACAGGGAGCUGAUGGCUGUGGAGGAAGCUGCGGAUGCCAGUUCUCCACAGGAACAAGAAUUGGACCACAUCUUAAAGUCAACUACAGUUGAUGGCCCUGCUGGUGAGUACCGGGGGCAAAGGGUGUCAGUGUGGGAGCUGCUCUCCUCCAAGUACAUCCCCCAGCAGAAGAGGCAGGUACUGCUCGAGCUGUACCGCGGCGAGGUGCUGCCCCUGGAGCAGAUGGUCACCGUCAUCACCACCAUCAUGAGGAAAGCAGAAGCCCGGGGAGGGAAGCUCAUCGGAGAGGAAGAGAGCCCAAGUGCUGAGACCCUCAUAGCGCUGAAGGCUGAGGACGCCCACUCCCAGGAGGAGGAAGACUGGGAAAAGACCCUGAAGAUGACCGCUGUGGACGUGCCGGUGGGCAAGUUCCAGGGGAAGAAGGUCUCGGUGUGGGACCUGCUCUUCUCCAAGUACUUCCCCGAGGCGGAGAGGAAAGAGGUGCUGGAGCUGUACCACAGAGGGGUGCUGACCCUGGACCAGGUGGUCACUGUCGUCACCAGCAUCGUGACCAAGGUAGAAGCCGCAGGUGGGAAGCUGGAGGCAGAGGAGACCAGCCCAAGCAGCGAGACCCUCAUGGUGCUGAAUGCUGAGGCUGACCAUGGGCAGGGGGCCGAGAAUUGGGAAAAGGCCCUGAGGGCGACCACCGUGGACGUGCCGGUCAGUGAGUUCCAGGGGAAGAAGGUCUCGGUGUGGGACCUGCUCUUCUCCAAGUACUUCCCCGAGGCGGAGAGGAAAGAGGUGCUGGAGCUGUACCAUGGCGGGGUGCUGACCCUGGACCAGGUGGUCACUGUUGUCACCAGCAUCGUGACCAAGGUAGAAGCCGCAGGUGGGAAACUGGAGGCAGAGGAGACCAGCCUGAGCACCGAGACCCUCACAGCACUCAACACUGACACUGCCCAUGGGGAGGGGGAGAAGAAAUGGGAAAAGACCCUGAAGGCAACCAUGGUGGACGUGCCGGUCGGAGAGUUCAAGGGGCGCAAGGUGUCGGUGUGGGAGCUGCUCUUCUCCAACUACAUCCCCAAGGUAAAGAGAAAGCAGCUGCUGAGGUUGUACCGUGACGGGGUGCUGACCUUGGAGCAGAUAACCACCAUUGUUACCACUAUUGUGACCAAGGCGGAAGCUGCAGAUGGGAACCUGGAGGGAGAAGGGAACAGCCCGGGCACCGAGACCCUCAUGGCACGCAACACUGAGACUGCCCAUGGAGAGUGGGAAGAGAACUGGGAAAAGACCCUGAAGGCAACCAUGGUGGACUCACCAGUCGGCAAGUUUCAGGGGCAGAAGGUGUCGGUGUGGGAGCUGCUCUUCUCCGAGUUCAUCCCCGAGCAGAAGAGGCAGGAGCUGCUGGAGCUGUACCGCGGCGGGGUGCUGCCCCUGGAGCUGAUGACCACCGUCGUCACCACCAUCGCAAGGAAAACAGAAGCCACCAGCAGGAAGCUACUGGUGACCGUGAAAAGUCCCAGUGAGGACAAGGCUGGUCCUGUGCACAAGGAUCACAUGGCCCACUCCCAGGAGGAGGAAGACUGGGAAAAGACCCUGAAGGUGACCGCUGUGGACGUGCCGGUGGGCGAGUUCCAGGGGAAGAAGGUCUCGGUGUGGGACCUGCUCUUCUCCAAGUACUUCCCCGAGGCGGAGAGGAAAGAGGUGCUGGAGCUGUACCAUGGCGGGGUGCUGACCCUGGACCAGGUGGUCACCGUCGUCACCAGCAUCGUGACCAAGGUAGAAGCUGCAGGUGGGAAGCUGGAGGCAGAGGAGACCAACCUGAGCACCGAGACCCUCACAGCACUCAACACUGACACUGCCCAUGGGGAGGGGGAGAAGAAAUGGGAAAAGACCCUGAAGGCAACCAUGGUGGACGUGCCGGUCGGAGAGUUCAGGGGGCGCAAGGUGUCGGUGUGGGAGCUGCUCUUCUCCAACUACAUCCCCAAGGCGGAGAGGAAGCAGCUGCUGAGGUUGUACCGUGACGGGGUGCUGACCUUGGAGCAGAUAACCACCGUUGUCACCACCAUUGUGGCCAAGACAGAAGCUGCAGGUGGGAAGCUGGAGGGAGAGGAGAACCUCCCGAGCACCCAGACCCUCAUGGCGCUCAGCACUGAAACUGCCCAUGGGGAGGGGGAGAAGAAAUGGGAAAAGACCCUGAAGGCAACCAUGGUGGACUCACCAGUCGGCAAGUUUGGGGGGCAGAAGGUGUCGGUGUGGGAGCUGCUCUUCUCCGAGUUCAUCCCCGAGCAGAAGAGGCAAGAGCUGCUGGAGCUGUACCGCGGCGGGGUGCUGCCCCUGGAGCUGAUGACCACCGUCGUCACCACCAUCGCAAGGAAAACAGAAGCCACCAGCAGGAAGCUACUGGUGACUGUGAAAAGUCCCAGUGAGGACAAGGCUGGUCCUGUGCACAAGGAUCACACGGCCCACUCCCAGGAGGAGGAAGACUGGGAAAAGACCCUGAAGGUGACCGCCGUGGACAUGCCGGUGGGCGAGUUCCAGGGGAAGAAGGUCUCGGUGUGGGACCUGCUCUUCUCCAAGUACUUCCCCGAGGCGGAGAGGAAAGAGGUGCUGGAGCUGUACCAUGGCGGGGUGCUGACCCUGGACCAGGUGGUCACCGUCGUCACCAGCAUCGUGACCAAGGUAGAAGCUGCAGGUGGGAAGCUGGAGGCAGAGGAGACCAGCCCGAGCACCGAGACCCUCACAGCACUCAACACUGACACUGCCCAUGGGGAGGGGGAGAAGAAAUGGGAAAAGACCCUGAAGGCAACCAUGGUGGACGUGCCGGUCGGAGAGUUCAGGGGGCGCAAGGUGUCGGUGUGGGAGCUGCUCUUCUCCAACUACAUCCCCAAGGCGGAGAGGAAGCAGCUGCUGAGGUUGUAUCGUGGCGGGGUGCUGACCUUGGAGCAGAUAACCACCGUUGUCACCACCAUUGUGACCAAGACAGAAGCUGCAGGCGGGGACCUGGAGGGAGAGGAGAACCUCUCGAGCACCCAGACCCUCAUGGCGCUCAGCACCGACACUGUGCAUGGGGAGGGGGACGGGAAAUGGGAAAAGACCCUGAAGGCGACUGUGGUGGAUGUGCCGGCCGGCGAGUUCCAGGGGAAGAAGGUCUCGGUGUGGGACCUGCUUUUCUCCAAGUACUUCCCCGAGGCAGAGAGGAAAGAGCUGCUGGAGCUGUACCGCGGCGGGGUGCUGACCCUGGAGCAGAUAUCCACCGUUGUCACCACCAUUGUGAGGAAAACAGAAACCCAGGGAGGGAAGCUCAUCGGAGAGGAAGAGAGCCCAAGUGCUGAGACCCUCAUAGCACUGAAGGCUGAGGACGCCCACUCCCAGGAGGAGGAAGACUGGGAAAAGACCCUGAAGGUGACCGCUGUGGACGUGCCGGUGGGCGAGUUCCAGGGGAAGAAGGUCUCGGUGUGGGACCUGCUCUUCUCCAAGUACUUCCCCGAGGCGGAGAGGAAAGAGGUGCUGGAGCUGUACCACAGAGGGGUGCUGACCCUGGACCAGGUGGUCACCGUCGUCACCAGCAUCGUGACCAAGGUAGAAGCUGCAGGUGGGAAGCUGGAGGCAGAGGAGACCAGCCCGAGCAGCGAGACCCUCAUGGUGCUGAACACCGAGGCUGACCAUGGGCAGGGGGCCGAGAACUGGGAAAAGGCCCUGAGGGCGACCGCCGUGGAUGUGCCGGUCGGCAAGUUCCAGGAGCGCAAAGUCUCGGUGUGGGAGCUGCUCUUCUCCAGGCAUGUCCCCGAGGAGAGGAGGCAGGAGCUGCUUGGGAGGUUUCGAGCCGGGGCACUCACCGUGCAGGGGCUGUUCACCAUCCUCAGCACCGUCAUCGCACACGGGAACCUCGCCGUCAGCCAGCCACGCACGCUGGAUCUCCUGUGCUCCGAGGCCACCUGUGUCACGGUGAGGCCGUUCCAGGGGCACACGAUGUCCGUGUGGGACCUCCUCUCCUCCCAGCACAUCUCCGAAUACAAGCGGGAGACGUCCUUGGACACGUACGGGGCCGGCAGGCUGAUAAUCAACAAGAUCACAGUCACCACCACUGUCACAAGCAGUCCCGCGGGGCAGAGGGGGAACCGCCGCCACUGCCAGUGACGCAGGUGGGAUGGGAGCAGGCCGGGGCUGUCCUCCCCUGCAGAGCAUGUGGUGGGCACCUCUCCGAGAGCCUGCGCCUUCGGGGACGACAGCUGGAAACAGGAGAGCACGAGCUUGUAAAGGAAACGGGAACGAGAGGCCCUGGCAGACAGGUCUUCACUGCAGAAGAUGCCAGGAGCUGCUGAAAUUUGCCUGGCACACGACUGACCCCGCGUGCCAUGGAGGGAGGGCACCAACCCAGGCCCGCAGGCCCCUGAUUCCCCCAUUUCUGCCAUGAGGAAGAUGAGGAGAUGCUGCACCAGCAAGAACAGGCGCAGUCUGGGAUAAAACCGGGACAGGGCAUGCGGUAACAACAGAGCAGCCAGCUCAGCCCCCCGGCUGCAGGGCACUCGACCGCCCCACGCCUGCAGGGGAGCCACGCCUGGGUCAGCCCUGGGCGAGGGCAGGCGGGUCCCGUGCACUCAGUCCUGUCCCGGGCGGGGGCGAAGGCCGCGGAGCCUCAGAGACCUCUACACACGGCUUUGCCAGGGACACGGGCCUGGGGGACGGGCAGCUUCUGGCUCUUUGGAGAAACCAGGUUCUUCCUCGGUGGUGGUGCGGGCAUCUUGGCGCGGGCAGGGCCUCUUCUGUACCGGGGAGCCGGCAGGCCUGUACGUAAAUAAACGUUCCCACAAAAGCA